ACCUUCCCGGGCCGCGCGCCCCGACGCUCGCGAAGGCUCGGCGCGCCGGCGGUCCUCGGCCGCUCGGGGGACCUGAGGGACGCGCGGCCGCCUGCGGGGCCAGCGGUGCUACCCGGGAGAGCCCGGAGGCCGGCGGUGAGAUAUUUCAACAAGAAAGAAAUCACUCUCCUAAGAUGGAAUCUGUGAUUUGGGAAUGUGGUUGAUCAACUUGAUAUGCUGGCCAGAUGUGCCCAUGUAAUAAAAUGAAAAGAAGAUACAAGAUGAUGUCAUUUUCCCGUAUUGUGAAACCAAAAACAAAUGCCCUUUGUGAGACCAGGUUAACAGUCCUUUGAUAGUACAGGGAGUUUUUAGCAGAUAUAGAAGAGGAUACUUUCAAGCUGAGACCUGCUGGCAUAUACUGAUCUAAAGCACAUCUUGAGUAGAUCUGACCAUCCGAGGCUCAUUUUGAUCCAGGAAGAAUGGCUGUGAGCUGGAUUGUCUUUUAUCUUUGGCUCUUGACUGUGUUUCUGGGGCAGAUAGGUGGGCACAGUUUGUUUUCUUGUGAACCUAUAACCUUGAGGAUGUGCCAAGAUUUGCCUUACAAUACUACCUUCAUGCCUAAUCUUCUGAACCAUUAUGACCAGCAGACAGCAGCUUUAGCAAUGGAGCCAUUCCACCCUAUGGUGAACCUGGAUUGUUCUCGGGAUUUUCGGCCAUUUCUUUGUGCACUCUAUGCCCCUAUUUGUAUGGAAUAUGGACGUGUCACACUCCCCUGCCGUAGGCUGUGUCAGCGUGCCUAUAGUGAGUGCUCAAAGCUCAUGGAGAUGUUUGGUGUCCCCUGGCCUGAAGAUAUGGAGUGCAGUAGGUUUCCAGAUUGUGAUGAGCCAUAUCCCCGACUUGUGGAUUUGAAUUUAGUUGGAGAUCCAACUGAAGGAGCCCCAGUGGCAGUACAGAGGGAUUAUGGUUUUUGGUGUCCCCGAGAGUUGAAAAUUGAUCCUGACCUUGGCUAUUCCUUUCUGCACGUGCGAGAUUGUUCACCACCAUGUCCCAAUAUGUACUUCAGGAGAGAAGAACUGUCAUUUGCUCGCUAUUUCAUAGGCCUGAUUUCAAUCAUUUGCCUCUCUGCCACAUUGUUUACUUUUUUAACCUUUCUGAUUGACGUCACAAGAUUCCGUUACCCUGAAAGACCUAUCAUAUUUUAUGCAGUCUGCUACAUGAUGGUGUCAUUAAUUUUCUUCAUUGGGUUUUUGCUUGAGGACCGAGUAGCCUGCAAUGCAUCUAGCCCUGCACAGUAUAAGGCUUCCACAGUGACACAAGGAUCUCACAAUAAGGCCUGUACCAUGCUCUUCAUGGUACUCUAUUUUUUCACUAUGGCUGGCAGUGUAUGGUGGGUAAUUCUUACCAUCACAUGGUUUUUAGCAGCUGUGCCAAAGUGGGGCAGUGAAGCUAUUGAGAAAAAAGCAUUGCUGUUUCAUGCCAGUGCCUGGGGCAUCCCCGGAACUCUAACUAUCAUCCUUUUAGCGAUGAAUAAAAUUGAAGGUGACAAUAUUAGUGGCGUGUGCUUUGUCGGCCUCUACGACGUAGAUGCAUUAAGAUAUUUUGUUCUUGCUCCCCUCUGCCUGUAUGUGGUAGUUGGGGUUUCUCUCCUCUUAGCCGGCAUUAUAUCCCUAAACAGAGUUCGGAUUGAGAUCCCAUUAGAAAAGGAAAACCAAGAUAAGUUAGUGAAGUUCAUGAUCCGGAUCGGUGUUUUCAGCAUUCUCUACCUUGUCCCACUCUUGGUUGUAAUUGGAUGUUACUUUUAUGAGCAAGCUUACCGCGGCAUCUGGGAAACAACAUGGAUACAGGAACGCUGCAGAGAAUAUCACAUUCCGUGUCCGUACCAGGUUACUCAGAUGAGUCGUCCAGACCUGAUUCUCUUUCUGAUGAAGUAUCUCAUGGCUCUCAUAGUUGGGAUUCCCUCUAUUUUUUGGGUUGGAAGCAAAAAAACAUGCUUUGAAUGGGCCAGCUUUUUCCAUGGGCGUAAGAAAAAAGAGACAGUGAAUGAGAGCCGGCAGGUGCUCCAGGAACCUGACUUUGCUCAGUCACUCCUGAGGGACCCAAAUACUCCAAUUAUAAGAAAAUCAAGAGGAACUUCCACUCAAGGGACAUCCACACAUGCUUCUUCAACUCAGCUGGCCAUGGUGGAUGAUCAAAGAAGCAAAGCAGGGAGUGUCCACAGCAAAGUGAGCAGCUACCAUGGCAGCCUCCACAGGUCACGUGAUGGCAGAGAACCUAAAUUGUGUGUGUGAGUGUGUGUGUGUGGGGGAUUGGCACAAAUGUGUACAAGAUGCUUUAGCAUCUCAGAGAAGAGCACCAUCUACCUCCUCACGGACAGUCAGAAACAGCUUCACAACUGAUGGCACUUCUACUUCAAAUAGAGGUCAGAGGAGACACUCGGGAAUGAAAGACAAGGGAACAGCAUGCAGAGCAAGAACAAGCAGGCAAGGUUCAGUGUCUGGGUUGCCCAGAGCAUGGUGUGUGUUGGGACUUUUAGGAGACAAAAUCAUGCUAGGGGUUUGUUUCUCUCUGACAGUGAAAGGAUAUUACAGGACUUUGAGUGUUAGAAUAAUGUAGCCUGACUUGAACUGUAGUACCAUCCCUCACAAAUAGCAUGAGAAAGGAGAGUAUAAUGAAACCAUCAAUUUGUAGUCUUAACUUUGGAGGCUGAUGAGGAGAUAGGGGAUCUGAUCUCCUUUGGCAUAUACUUCAUCCAUGAACUCUUAGCAAAGACACUGAAGUCAAGAUCUUUCCUUUUCAGUGAUGAACAGACAUUACUAUCACAGUUGUACUUCUGUGCCUAUAGAAUUCUGUACAGAAAUACAUAGAAGAGGAAGGUUUGAAUUUCUAUAUUCUUGGACCACAGUCCCUUAUAGAAAAAGUAUAGUCCACACAUCUGAAGCAGAAUGAUGUGGAUGGAGUUUGUGGAAGGCAUUGUACCUGGGUGAGUGAAUAUUCGUCCACAGGACUCUCUUCAGUGCCCAGAACUGUAAGGCAGGUAUGAGAGGUUUCAAGAUGAUGUGGAAACUAGAAGUCUGAACAAGGACAUUCAUGAUCCAGAAGGCCAUCUCAUGAGGACUUGUGCUUCAGUCAGGCUUUAAAUGUGUGUUGGUGCUGUCUUCUGGCCAUGGGUCACAGAUUCCCAGUACUCACUCUGGUUCACUACUUAGAUAAUUAUUGAUGUGUGUACUACAUACACCUACGUGUAAACACCACUUCAAAGAAUAAGUAAUUGGUAGUUAGAUAAGAGGAUGGGUAGAAGAGAAAGUAAGUGGGUAGAAGUUUUGGAAUGGGUGACUAGAUUGGUACGUAGGCAAACUGCAAGGGAAGCUAUGGAGUGAAUAAUAGCAGACUGCUGAACAGCGUUUGAUUUCGUCAUUUAGAUGAAUGAGAGCAGAGAGUAAAGAGAACCAAAAUGAAAAUCAUCAACUGAUUCUGGAAUGCCCAUACUAUAGUGUUGAGGUUUGGUCUAUUGCUGUGUAUUGUAACGGUAAAUUUUAUACUGGAAGGUCUAGGCCUAGGAGUGACUGUUGAUGUUUACAAGCUUUCAUUGUGAAAACCUUGCUCCUUGAUUGGAAACUAUUGGUUAAAUAAAAUUGGCUACAGCCAAUUACUAGAGGGAUUAGAGGUAGGUGGGUUUGGAGUGACCUGCUUGGAGGAGAAGGGGGCGAGAGGAAGCUGUCACAAUGUACGAUAAAUCCUUGAGAAGUUAAUUUACUUUUUUAAAAUAUUAUUUGCAGUGUCUCUGUGGGUAACAGUGGUUAACUUGUAACCUUUAACUUUGGGGAUAAUGUAAGAGAGGUGUUUGUGCCUAGUUCCAAAGUGCACUUUUCUUUGUAGCAUGUCUAAGAUCAGAAAUACUUAGUUUUUUGUUUGCUUGGUACUGCCUGACUGACCAAAGGAAGAUGGCUAGUAUUUAGUUGUUGGGGCCUCAAUAGGCCCCUCAGUUUGUUUUCUAAUGGCAAGAGGUUACUUUGUAUGUUUUGGGGUGACCAACAAUUUUUAGACCAAUGUUUACCCUUUUUACAGUUGUUACAAUACCCUGGAAGUCUUUGGAGCUCAUAGCAACCAGAACCUGUUUUAUUUUAUGAAUACCAUAUUUUCUAGCCAGUGUACCUGUUAUAUUGAGCUCUGAAUCUUUUAGCCUUAAUUUUUUUUUUGAAAAUCACCAAAUUUACCACAAUUAAAGCAUCAGGCAGUUUGAUUUUUGAAAUUUUUAGCUAUGAUUUGCCCUAUGAUACUGGCAUGUGCUUGAGAACCAGUACCAGUUGUCUCUCUUUUCCAUUUGUCUGUUGGGGCUCCUCCUGUUUUUAAUGGUCUGAUUUCUCUCUUACAUUUGAUAUUUGUAUUUUUUAAUCAAUGGCUGUCUGGUUUUAGAGUCUAAUAUUUACAGCUGAACCCAGCCUCUAUAAGAAUUUUCUAAAGAUUUUUCUUUUUUACCCUCCAGAUUUUAUUCCUCUCCCGGCCCACACCCCAGUCCCCAGAGUUCCACAUUCCCAUACCUCCUCCCUGCAGCCCUGCACCCCCCCAACCCCCACACACACACUCCACAAGAA